CAACGCUGCUUCCGUUCCGCUCGAACCUCGUGCGCAUGCGUUCAGCUCAUGUCACCUGGAGGGAAGUGAACAAGUUUGACAGGUCCGUUCUGCAAUAGUGUUAAAUAUCCCUGUUUGAUCAGGGUGCGUCGGUGACUAACCAGGCGUCAGGGGCCUGGUUCUGUGUCCACCAGUGUAUUGACCUCGGUGGAGUUCAAAGACUGUCUGUGCAACCAUCGAGGACCCACACACCCACGUGGACAUGGACAUCGACACAGUGAACGCUCUGUCUUAUGAGGAUUUUGGGAAUAUAUUUGGUAACGUGGUGGAGAAAUGUCCCAUCAUAGCCGCUGCAGUGUGGUCCAGUCGUCCCUUUGCGAGCUUGUCUGCUUUGGAAGCUGUGUUCAGUGAAUUCAUCGAUGCUCUGCCAGAGUCAGGUAAAGAGGGCAUCCUCAGGUGUCACCCUGACCUCGCGGGCAGGGACCUCCAGAGGGGCACCCUGACAAAAGAGUCGCUUGAGGAGCAGGCAGGAGCCGGGCUGGACGCGCUGGAGUCCGGGGAGGCCUCGCGCAUGGCCCGGCUCAACGAGCAGUACAAAGAGCGGUUCAGGUUCCCGUUCGUCAUCUGCGCCCGGAUGAACGACAAGAAGAACAUUUUACGGCAGCUGUCCGAGCGCUGUCAGCACGAGUGCACGGUGGAGAGGGCGCAUGGCAUCGAGGAGGUGAAGAAGAUCUGCCACCUGCGUCUCCAAGGCCUCGUGUGCCAUGACGCACCAAACAAGCUAUGACCCUGAUUCACUGCGGAAUCUCUCCUGCUCCAGUCAUUACUAUCAAACAUUUACAUGGUGGUAAUACUUGUUUUAUUCCAAAUGUAUGUGAGGUAUUCAUCCAUCACCCUGUGAACAUUUUAGACAAUAAAGGAGGUAGAGCGGGUAAUCCACAAACCAGAGGGUUGGGGGUUGGACCCUGGUCACCCCUAUUCUGCAUACCGAAGUGUCCUUUGGCAAGAUUUUGUUUGACUGUAAAAUGGAGAAAGUGCUGCACAUGAUACUGUAUGAAUGUGUGCGUUAAUGGCAAAACUGUACUGUAAAGGCUUUGAGUGGUCAUCGUUACCAUUAAACGUUCUCAUAGCGUA